UUGACUCGGCGGUUUUGAAGCAACGGUACACUGCGUUAUGCAUAUUCUAACGUUUAUCGCAGGUAACUAUUCAGCUUGAGCGAGCAAGAGCGCGAAAACACUUGAGCGUCAUUUCGAGGCCUUCUGCUUACCUAUGCAUACUUGCUUACCUAAUCAUUGAGUAAGCUAUGCUCUAGCUGCUCUGUGCCAGUGCUGUGUAACAGAAAAUGGCAGCUUUGGGCAACGGUUCGCAGCACACAGCGCUGCGUGCUGAUUACGAUUUGGAGGAUGAGGACCGCUUCUUCAUCAGUGGCGUGGAGAAAGCGGGGGCAAAGCGGAACACCUAUGAACUACAACUCAAGCGAAAGAAACUCAUCGUUGGCCUCGGCAUUUCCAUUGGCGUCGUGGGACUGGUCGCGCUUAUUCUGGGGUUAGCAUACGGCCUCAGCCGUCGUAAGCUGGACUACGUGUGCCCCCGCACCUACGACGCCUCCAAGACGGACCUGGUGUUCUUCGUGGUGGGCGACUGGGGCCGGGCCGGCAAUGACAACCAGCGCCGCACCGCUCGGCUCAUGGCGGACGUGGCGGGCUGCAUGCCGCCCGCCUUCGUCGUCAGCACAGGCGACAACUUCUACCCAAGCGGCAUCCGGUCGGUGGACGACGUGCAGUUUGACGAGUCGUUCAGGAACAUCUACACCGCCAAGGAGCUGCAGGUGCCCUGGUACGUGGUGAUGGGCAACCACGACUACGGGGACGCGGUGGAUGUGUCGCUGCUCAACACCGGGCAGUGCCUGGCCUCGCCGUCCGGGCCGGACCAGUGCGCUGGCAAGUGCUGCUACAGCCCCUGGUGGCAGGUCCAGCCGGGCUUCCAGGCCCGCGACGCCCGCUGGAACGCCAGCAUGGGCGGCGUGGUGACUCGCCGCAUAGCGCUGCCGCCGGACGCCGCCACCGGGGCGCCGCGCAGCCUGGACCUGGUCAUGCUGGACACCACGCCCAUCAUCUACCAGUACGCGGGCGCCUCCUGGGUGGACUUCCUCAACGGCUUCAACGCGCAGGACGCCGACGCCAUCAAGUCGUCUCUGCAGCAGCAGCUGAACGCCUCGUACGCCAACGGCUCGGCGGCGGCGGGCGGCUCCAGCUGGCGCCUGGUGGUGGGGCACCACCCCGUGAGGUCGUACGGCCGCCACUGCACGCAGCCUGACGCCUACGACUGUGACGACAUGUUGUUCAUGCGGCCCUGGCUCAAGAGGUUCCGGGUGGCGGCCUACAUCAACGGACACGAGCACGACCAACAGCUCAUAAAGUCUGCGGACGACCCAGUCCAUUACAUCACCAGCGGCGCGGGCAGUGACACGCGCAAGGGCGAGUUCGACGACCUGGACAUGGACACACGCACACGCGACGCGCUGUUCCUGUCCGACACACAGGGCUUUGUGGCUGUGGUGCUGUCGGGCAGCCAGAUGCGAGUGCACUUCUACACCACGGAGCAGAGCGGCCCCACCUACACGCGCAUCAUCCCGCAGCCGGCCUGGUAGCGGCGGGGGGGGGGGAAGCGGCAGAGACGCGGUGUGCGGGAGCAAGCGAGCUCUUGUAUCGGCUGAGUCGUGAUGCAUGUGUCUGUAUGUGCGUGUAAUGGUGGGGGGCGAGUAGCGUUGCGGCCGGCGGCCCUUGGCUGUCACGUUGGGCAAAGGCGUGCGUACGCCUGUGAGCCUCCUGGCUAUACUGGUGGGUGUAGUUAGUCUUUUGUGCUGAUCCGAGCGGCGACCGGUAGCGCGCAUGCGUGCUGGAAUACAUAUGAAGGCCCUAGGCGGUGCAGUGCGGUUGGUGAGCGGGGGGUGCAUGGCGGUACUGCGGCUCACGAGCUGUGCCCGCGUGGCGUGUGCAGAAUGGCGGCUCCGCUCCUGUGUGGGCAAGUGGGGCGCACAGCAUGGGUGGGAAAGGCACGCGGCCAGAGAGAGCGUGAUGGACAUGAAAGACGUCACCAGGAUGACGUUGCGAAGUUACUACUGAUGCCUGCCAAGAGAGACUCCCUGCUAAGGGCUAGCUGGGAAUUGGGGUACACGGUGGAUGGCUGUGUGUAAAUGCCAGCAUGG